UGUACUUUGAACUGUGCGCCAAAUAAUAAUAUCUAUUACAAGUUUAAGUCACCGUUGCUCUGACAACAACGAUUGAAAUGGAGACAGCUACUAGUGAUGAAAAGAUGUCUAAAGAAGAGCCUGAGCAGCAGUCAGAGGAUCAAGCAGAGGAGCCCAUAAAGGGACUCCCUGACUCUGUCUUGAGGUUCAUAGAGAUGCAAGAAGCCCGAAUGGAAGCGCCCAUGCCCAAGGUGGAGAUAGACUCCCUCAGUACUCGAUCCUACCUGGAUCACACUGUGGUGCCUGUGAUGAUGGAUGCCAUGGCUGCAGUAGCACGUCAGAGGCCCCCGGACCCCAUCGAGUAUGUGGCCAUGUUCAUACUCAAGAACAAAGACAAGUACAAGCAAUAUUAAAUCAUUCACAAACUAAUUAACUUGUUGUACUGUAUUAGUAUUAAUAUUGAUGGUGGUAAAUUCAAUGUCAAAA